AUGUCUGCAGACGAAGUCGGUAAAAAUCCGGAAAUGAACCGAGUAUCGGUUCCAGGGAGUCCCCGAUCGCAUUACUCACCAAGGCUACUGAAUGGUCAUGCGGAACCACUUCAAGAAAGACAUCAAAGGUUCUCUGAUCCAGAUCCGCUGGAUACAGUAUCUCGAACGGCACGGGUACCUCCUCCAAAGAUCUACCCAACAGGAACGGUUCGAAGAACUGAGAGCUUCAACUCGGCACCUGGAGUACUCGCGCCGCCAACAUACACACUACCACGAUCCUGUACGACCGUUCCACCGCCAGAUCCAAUGAGUCGGCUUCAUGAUCCACUAUCAGCUCGGUCCCAGCAUGACCCGCUCGGACGAAUGGUCGACCCUCUUCAACGACUGACUGACCCCCGACUGAUCAACUCCACAAUGUCGCGACAUCAGGAAGCUUUGUCAAGGUCGCUUUGCUCGCCGGUGUUACCGAGACCAUUGAGGACACUUGACAAUAAGAGCAACUCAUUGCCAAGAAGAAGGGCUAUAUCAGAUUUGCGGUUGUCUAAUGGUGGUCCUGGCAGGACAGUGAAUGACAUCUUCUCUGCAGCCGAGUACCGAAAUUGGGCGGUGCCGACAGAUCCAUCGAUGAUGGGCAGGCAGUCUAGGUGGUCACACACUUAUGGUGAUCCACGAGGUCCGCGAUCGACUUCCUUGCCUGGGCGGAGCAUAGUCGCACAGUCUCUAGUCGGCUCCCCAGUUCUGCCAAGACAUACUGCUGCACAAGAUCGUCCAUCGGCCGUGCUUGAUAGGUACCAUGUAUUAGAGGGACGGGGCUUGAAGAUUCCGGAAAAGCAGAAAGCUGUCACCGAAGAAAUGUAUUGUGUGUUAGAAGUGGAUGAGCAGCAUCGAGCGCGAACAGGGGUUUCGACCGCUGAACAACGUUUUCGUUGGCGCGAGACGUUUCAUAUCGACGUCUUUAAUGCAACUGUUACUCACUUCUUCGUCUAUUCGUGGCAUCCGCAGUUCAGGCAUAAACUGUGUCAUAAAGGCUCGCUGAAGCUGUUAGAGGCGUUCAUAGUCGAUCAACUGAACGGUGACCGGAUGUUUGCUCUGAAUCUAGAGCCUCGUGGUCAAUUAAUUGUUCGGAUAGGAUUCCACGACAUGCGAGCGGUGUUUCGGCGCACAGUCAACCCAAGGAUGGAUGGAUUGUUGGUGUACCGUCGGACCCUACGUCUGCUAUCCCGUGAGCGACGAGAUACACCGAUUGCUCUCACACGACUCAUUCAGGAGAUAGAGAGACGGGGCGUUGACUGCAACGGUUUAUAU